AUGACAUCAACAACUGGAAUCCGUGGGAGCCGCGUGGGCUUCAGGAGGCGUAUCGGUAAGCCCUGGCAAAGGCGAACUCAAAACGCUCUACGAGUUUUCGUGUGGGCAGGAUUAUUGCCCUUUUGGACCCUGCACCUGUACUUUCAAGGACGUCAGGAGAAAGUAACCCCCGACUAUCAACGCCUUGGGUAUCCUAAUCCUGGGAAAGAAUGCUCCUACCUAGCUUGCAACAAGAACAUCACAAACGAAAGAGUUUUCGUAAUUCCAGCCGACCCUCCAGAACAGACGCCCACGAAACCCCUUGUCACAGUCGGCGAUCCAGGAACGUUCGACUACGGUUGUAUGAUUUACAAACCACCGGACUGGAAACCGGCGACGAACCAAUGCUACAAUGCAUGUAGAAGGGAGAUCAACGAUGCGGCGGCGGAAGGAAGAACAGCUUCGUAUGGUUGCGUGAGCUACGUUCCACUUUACCAAGUAAUACCAUGGACACUAGACCGUACGUUUCUCCAACUCCGCCUGAUGUUGGGCUUAGAAGAGGAAGACACUGAAAGGCUGACAAGAUGUUCACUUAAACGAAAAGUUAUUGAAGCGCUACCCGCCAUUGCGGAGAUCGGCUGUUUUAUCAUCAUUUCCACCCUAAAGCUCAUCUUCGAGGUGAUGUUAGACGCGAUUCCAGGUGUCGGAGAAGCAGUCAACGCUGGCAUGGGUACGUUUGCUCCACCCUCUCCCUCUCCAGACCCCAAGAAAAACUCGCAGAUACAGGCAGGAUGCAUUCGAUUUCUCGUGAAUACGAAGCUGAUGUCUCUCAAAAGCAAAAGUGUCAAGAGCUCAGGCACAUCGACAACAGAGUUCUACGAAGCCGGCUUAAUGCGCACCACCUUCUCCAUCAGCUUCAAUUGGGCAGGCGCCCUGACUCCUAACUACGGGAACGAUUGGGGAUUAAGAGCCAAUCCAUGCUGGCCGGAAGAUAUUGUCUCUGAAGACCCUGGCUUCGUGCUCCUCACGGACGACAACUGGUACAAUACGGCGCCCAGUUCGGCUGUCCUUGCUGAUCUUAAAUCAAAAGUACUCUGUUGCUCCAGUCAACAGCCAAUUAGCCUCCACAAAGUUAAAGGUUUCGAUGGUAAUGAGCUCAUGGCCCUUGUAGACGGCCAUUUCGUCGUUCGUGAGGCCAAUUCAUCGCGACAAUUCACCAACAAUGAACUAAAGCGCAGUAUUAGGCUGAUCAAUCCUACUGAUUCCUGGAGAGUCGAACCCGACACUCCCUGCAGACAAUCUCGAGGUCCGGUAUGGGAAAAUAUGAGUGUGCAGAUUGCAUAUAGAGGCCAGAAAGUGUGCGUGUAUUUGUCCAGCACAGCCAGUGUCUAA